AUCUUGAUGGUUGGUGCUAUCCCUGCUGCAAUGACGUAUUACUCAAGAUCCAAGAUGCCUGAAACCGCAAGAUACACGGCGUUGGUUGCUAAGGACGCAAAGCAGGCUGCUUCAGACAUGUCUAGGGUUUUGCAAGUGGAGAUAGAGGCAGAACAGGAGAAAGUGGAACAGAUCUCGAGUAACAAGUCCAAAGCCUUUUCCUUGUUUUCCAAGGAAUUCAUGAAACGCCAUGGGCUUCAUUUGCUUGGCACUACAUCUACUUGGUUCCUUCUUGACAUCGCUUUCUACAGUCAAAACCUUUUCCAAAAAGAUAUUUUCAGCGCGAUCGGGUGGAUACCUCCGGCUCAAACCAUGAACGCGAUUCAAGAAGUUUUCAAGAUCGCUCGUGCACAAACUCUUAUUGCCUUGUGUAGUACGGUACCUGGUUACUGGUUCACAGUUGCGUUUAUAGAUGUCAUUGGAAGGUUUGCGAUUCAGAUGAUGGGAUUCUUCUUCAUGACGGUGUUUAUGUUUGCGUUGGCUAUUCCAUACAAUCACUGGACUCACAAGGAGAACCGGAUUGGAUUCGUUAUCAUGUACUCUUUAACGUUCUUUUUCGCCAACUUUGGACCUAAUGCUACAACAUUCGUUGUACCGGCGGAGAUCUUUCCAGCUAGGUUCAGAUCAACCUGCCAUGGUAUCUCUGCCGCAUCAGGAAAGUUAGGUGCAAUGGUUGGUGCGUUUGGAUUCUUGUACUUGGCUCAAAGCCCUGACAAGAACAAGACUGAUGCAGGAUACCCUCCGGGUAUUGGAGUUAGGAACUCGCUUCUCGUGUUGGGUGUGGUUAACUUCUUGGGCAUUCUCUUCACUUUCUUGGUGCCUGAAUCUAAAGGGAAGUCGCUUGAGGAAAUGUCCGGUGAAAAUGAAGACAAUGAGAACAGCAACGAUAGUAGAACGGUCCCAGUAGUGUAGUUUGAUAUGAUAUAUAUGUCUUUUGUUUCUAUUUUUCUCUUGUCUUCUUGUUUCUAGCAACUUAAGUUGUUCUUCGUUUGAUAUUUUUAUGUUCUAAUGCUAUUGAGAUCAAAAUGUUUGUGUAUCAAUUUUAAAAGAAAAG